UCUCAUUCCUCCUCCACCACUUGUAUGGAGCCGGAUUCCACCGCAUUUUAACUAUGUACACAGCAUCACAGCAUCACAACAUUCAUAGCAGAUCAUUAGAGCAAGAAAACAUGCUGAGAAACAUUACCCCCCAGGGAUUUUAGAUACAUCAUAAAUCUCUCGUUGUACACAAGAUGAGAUUCAAUCGCUUGGCCUGGACACACACCCUGGCAUUUGAUUAUCGAUAAAAGGCUUAGCUACCUGGGUGUAGAUGUACGUAUGAAUAUGUGACUAAAAGACAUUGGAUCCUUUCGUAGGUAGGUGGUGAGUGAUAGGUAGUGAUUACAUUUCCCUUAUUACCUUAUUACCUUGGUGAGUAUUCCGUACGUCCAUCCAACCCCGACCCCCGACAACUUAAACCCAAUUAUAUUCAUCCAGAAACACGAAACUUGUCAGUUGAACUCUGACAUCACUCACUACCUACUUACUCACUCACCACCUUCCUCACCACCUUCCUCACCACUCACUCCCACUCACUCCCACUCACUCCCACUCACUCCCAAUCACUCCCAAUCACUCACUUCAAAUAACAACUCAUUCUUCUUCGCACAUCAAUAUUCCCAAGUUCCUACAAGACAGAACAGCGCAUAAGGUCUUAUUUCUUCCAAACUUGAGGUAUAACUUACAUACUAUUUGUAUUUGGUAUUACACUAUCUGGAAUAGUGUGAAGCACCUUUUUUCGGAAUUCCAUUUCCAACCUCCUCCGCUUGGACGCAGGACGCAGGACGCAGGACUCGGGACUCAGGACUUAGGACACAGAAACAGAAACUACCUACCACCUACAAAUGAAUUAACCACUUGGGUAAUUUUGUUACAAUCAUUUCGAUCCUUCAAUUACAACUUAGAACCUCGUCCAUUCAUAUUCGUUACAAAACUUUCCAAUUUUGAUGUUUGGAUGAUCAAUGAUUACGAAUUAAGAUUUGCAGGUUCAUUUGCUACCAAGCCACCAAAAGUCACCAAUCUUUAUACGAAACCUUCUCUUCAAAACAGGACUCAAUCACUUGUUCAUCAUUACAGACAAAGUCAAUCUACACAAUACUUCCCACGGUAUCAUCUCAAGGAGCCAUCCCAUAUACUAUAACCAGCAUUUUCCUCGUUGUGUUGAAGAUCUUCUUUUCCCGGUUCGAAACACCCGCAACCACAUUAUGAGUGAACCGCGCAGCGUCACUUUCAUGCAUUAAACUUCUUCGACUAUCUCCUCAUUUCACACCAUAUACCUUUUUCUCUCUCGACAUCAGGAAUUGACAAAUCAUGUCUAUAGAUGUCGCUCUACAAUCCGUUGCAUUCUAUAUACUAUCCUGCUCUACUUGCGCCAAGAUUAGCCAUAGGAGGAAAGCAAAAGAACAAGCCAAACGAGAACGAGUCGAAAAACAUGCAUUGGAAACAGAACAACCAGGCCUGUAUAGGCAUCCUUCACCAUUCUCAACAAAUCCAUAUUGGACGGAAGAAAUUAUGAUGGGUCCCGGUCCACCGAAUAAAAAGGGAAAUAAGAAGGAUAAAAAUGGAAGUCGGAGAGGACUCAAUACGGCAGGACAAGGAAGUAGUUGUGCGAGUAGUGUAGGGAUGAGUACCGAUCCUGGGAGUAGUCCUACGGUGGUUGAAGAAGGAUCUCGAAUAUCUGGAGAAGGAUGGAAUAGAAAACGAUAUCAACGAGAAGAUGAGGAACUUUGGGGUAGAGAUACACAAGGGCCCGGGCAAAGGAUUAUGGAUGCGAUUACAAGGGCCUCGGAAUCUGCCGGACGAAUGUUUGGCGUGGAUGGAAGACCUAGUAGUAGACAUGGAUCUGACGGAAAUCCGGAAACGUAUUAUCUCGCGAGAAAUCCACCAGUCAAUGAUUUACAUCCACCAAUUGUUAGUACGGCACCAAGGAGUAAGGAAGAAACGAGAUGGAUGAUUCAGCCACCUCCAUCAGCAAAAAUAAUGGAGGGUAAGGUUAGGGUCAGUAGUAGGAACCGAGCUGGUAGUCAUGGAAGCAGUCGAAGAGGUACAGAAGGACAAUUAGGUCGAAUUGUUACGGAAAAGCUCAUUGAUGCUAAAGUACAACGUGGUGAAACACCUUCACAAUUGGAAAUUCGAUCCUUCACAAAUCGUGGUCAAUACCAUGACAGAAAUAGGAGUUCAUCCCCGGAAUCUUCAGAUAACUAUACUGCAAAAAGAUCCCGAAAACCAUCUCCAAUCACCGUACCUAAAGCUUCUAGUAGCAAACCCCGUGGUAAAGCCGAACAUAUUCCAAUACGAGACUCGGAAAUGGAAAUGAAGGAAUCAACUGGAGGAAGGCCACUACUAUCGACAAUUAUUAGCUCUUCGAAUGUGGUACAUCAAUUACAUAGGAGCCAGAGUACCGAUUUACCAUUAAGAGAAUUAUCGAAACCCGCAACUGAAAACGCAAAUUCGAAAAUGACUGCAAAAGAAUAUCGAGCAGCAGCUGCAAGUGAACCUUUACCAGAUCAAUCAUUAGCAGUUCCUAUUAUAUUGAGGGAUGUGAAAUUGCAAAAGUCGGAACAUAUAGAGGGAUCUCCUACGAGCAAUGUUUCAUUAACAGCAUGAAAGUCUUCUUUUAAAAAUAAUGAGGGGGAACACACAUCCACAUCCUUACAACAAUACACAAUGAUUUGAUAGAUCAUUAGCGUCUAUUUGUUAUGUCUUUUUCAUUCUUGUUUUGUUUUGUUUUUGUUUGUUUUCGUGGCACAUUGAAUUUUCAUGAGCUACUGUGUUUUAGCAUAUCCAAAUCAUUGAUAUUGAUAUUGAUAUUGAUAUCGAUAUUGGUAUUGGUAUUGGACAAUGGAGUAGGAGUUAUAAAAAAUUUCCACUUGAGCUUCACUUAGUAAGCUUGGGGUUUUUGGAGAGAGAGGCAAUGAAAAGGAGUAUAGGUGUUGAGAUUUUAUUCGUUUACUGGUUUAUUUGUUUACUUGUUUUAUGUUCUGGGAUGAUAUGAGGAGUUUUGGAUAGGGGAGUGGAGUGUUGGGUUUGUGUUUGUAUGGUUUAUGGAGAUGGGUUGGCUGGAUUUCCUGGGAAGGGGUUC